AUGGGACAUCGUGCAAAAAACAAGCAGUCUGCCCCUAAACCACUCGAAGGAAUGCCAAAGCCUUCAGCAAAAAAACUUGGCAAACGGAAGGCUGAAGUUAUCGACGAUAAGCCCUCUGGCAGGCCAACGAAGAGAACAAAAGACCAGCAAAUCAAGUCCAACGUUCACUCGGUCAAUGUAAAGAACGACAAGACGAAACAAAAGAAACCGAAAACAGAUGCAGACGCUUGGGAAGACAUUAAAGAUGACAUAGACAUCAAAGCACAAACGAGGUCUUUAUUCCAUGGUAGCGAUAUGGACGAAGAGGAAACCUUCACAGGUAAUUUGAAUGAUAUCGAAGUCGACGAGGACGAACUACUCCGAGGUGAAGUCGAAGAAUUUGACUUUGACUCAGAUGAAGUUGAACUGCCUCCACAACAAUUCUCCUCAAGAAUCAAAAAAUCAAAACAAGCUGAACGUCCUCUGAAGAUCAUACCGAACGCCUCCGACAACUCUGAUUCUGAUGAGGACUCGGACGAUGAUCCGGUAACAAUGGCGAAUAUGGAAACCAAGUCGAGAGCGUUAGAAGCUAGAGCUGCUAAAGAAGCCCAGCUUGAUCUGGACGAAAUUCAGGCUGCUGCCGAGAUGGAAGACGGAGACGAUUUCGAUAUGGAGGAUGUAGAGGAUGAUGACGAAAAUGGUGAAGCAGACGGAGAAACAUUCAAUCUACCUACUGCUGAGGAGAGGGAGGCGGAGAGAAACGCUGGUGGACCCGACGUCCACGUCGUUCAACGCCGUAUGCGAGAGUGUACACGGGUAUUGCAGAAAUUCAAAAAGCGGGCGGAAAAGGGAAGAUCGCGUGCAGAAUACACAUCUCAGCUCAUAUCGGACAUUGCAAGCUACUACGGAUAUAACGAGUUUCUUGCUGAGAAGCUCUUCCUCCUCUUCCCUGUUGCUGAGGCAAUCGAGUUCUUCGAGGCCAACGAAGUUCCCCGUCCUGUCACGAUCCGGACCAACACUCUUCGGACCCGGCGGCGAGAUUUAGCUCAAGUACUGAUCAAUCGUGGCGUAAACUUAGAGCCUAUAGGUAAAUGGACCAACGUCGGAUUGCAGGUCUUCGAAAGUAGCGUUCCUAUAGGUGCAACUCCUGAGUAUCUCGCCGGUCAUUACAUGCUUCAAGCCGCUUCUUCCUUCCUCCCUGUUAUCGCUCUGUCACCGCAACCCGGUGAAAGGGUCCUCGAUAUGGCUUCGGCCCCAGGCGGCAAAACAACCCAUAUCGCUGCCUUACUGCAGAAUACCGGCGUUGUUUUCGCUAAUGACGCGAACAAGGCUCGUACGAAGAGCUUGAGUGCCAAUGUCCACCGAUUAGGCUGCAAGAACGUUGUCGUUUGCUCCUACGAUGGACGUGAAUUCCCGAAAGUAAUGGGGGGAUUCGAUCGUGUGCUGUUGGAUGCGCCAUGCAGUGGAACAGGUGUGAUUAGCAAGGAUUCGAGUGUCAAAGUAAACAAGUCCGAGCGCGACUUCACCCUACUCGCACACCUCCAGAAACAACUCAUCUUGUGUGCUCUGGAUAGCGUGAAACCGGAGUCCAAAAGCGGAUCUUACGUUGUUUACUCGACAUGUUCUGUCACCGUAGACGAAAACGAAGCGGUUGUCGAUUACGCCUUGCGCAAGAGACCCAAUGUCCAUCUUGUCGAUACCGGAAUCGGAUUCGGAGUUGAAGGGUACACAUCGUAUCGAGGCAAGGUUUAUGAUAAGAGUGUUAAGUUGACGAGGAGGUUCUAUCCUCAUGUACACAACAUGGACGGAUUUUUUGUUGCAAAAUUCAAGGUGGAGAAAAGGAGUAAAAAGAUGUUGUCAGGUGAUAAGGAACAAGACAAUGUUGGUGAAGAAACGGUGACUGCCGAUAGAGUGGACGGAGAUGGGGAGAAAGUGACAUUUGAUGACGAGGAAGACAAGCCAUACAUCGAAGAAUCUAAGCGUCGUUAUCUAAAGAGCAAGGGCCUCAGGGUACCACCACGGACUGCGGCGGUUGUGAAGGCCUAG